AUGCCCGGCUUCGACUACAAGUUCCUGGAGAAGCCCAAGAGGCGCUUCCAGUGUCCGCUGUGCAGCAAGGCCAUGCGGGAGCCCGUCCAAGUGUCGACCUGCGGCCAUCGCUUCUGUGACACCUGUCUGCAAGAAUUUCUAAGUGAAGGGGUUUUCAAGUGUCCGGAAGACCAGCUGCCUUUGGAUUAUGCCAAGAUCUACCCGGAUCCGGAGUUGGAGCAGCAGAUCUUGGCGCUGCCCAUCCGCUGCAUCCACAGCGAGGAAGGGUGUCGCUGGACCGGACAGAUGAAGCAGCUGCAGGGUCACUUCUCUACCUGCGCCUUCAACGUGAUACCCUGCCCGAACCGCUGCUCGGUCAAGCUGACGCGCCGCGACCUCCCCGACCACCUGCAGCACGACUGCCCCAAGCGCAAAGUCAAAUGCGAGUUCUGCGGCAGCGAGUUCACCGGCGAAGCCUAUGAGAACCACCAAGGCGUGUGUCCCCAAGAGAGCGUCUACUGCGAGAACAAAUGUGGGGCACGGAUGAUGCGUCGCCUGCUGUCACAGCACAGCAUGGCCGAGUGUCCCAAGCGCACGCAGCCAUGCAAGUACUGUGGCAAGGAGUUUGUCUUCGACACCAUACAGAACCACCAGUACCACUGCCCACGUUUUCCUGUCCAGUGUCCCAACCAGUGUGGAACGCCCAACAUCGCCCGCGAAGACCUGGCCAAUCACGUCAAGGACAACUGCGGCAGCGCCCUGGUUCUCUGCCCUUUCAAAGAUGCUGGCUGUAAACACAGAUGCCCCAAACUUGCCAUCGGCCGCCACCUGGAAGACACCACCAAGUCGCACCUGACCAUGAUGUGCAACCUAGUGGGACGCCAGCGUCAGGAGAUCCUGGAGCUGCGGCGGGAGAUGGAGGAACUGUCAGUGAGCCACGACGGCGUUCUUAUCUGGAAGCUGAGCGACUACUCGCGCAAGCUGCAGGAGGCCAAGCUGCGCAGCAACCACGAGUUCUUCAGCCCGCCUUUCUACACGCACCGCUACGGCUACAAGCUGCAAGUGUCGGCCUUCCUCAACGGCAACGGCAGCGGCGAAGGCUCGCACCUGUCCGUCUAUAUCCGCGUUCUGCCCGGAGAGUACGACAACCUCCUGGAGUGGCCCUUCGCCUACAAGGUCACCUUCUCCAUCCUGGACCAGAGCGACCCAUCGCUUUCCAAGCCGCAGCACAUCACCGAGACGUUCAACCCGGACCCCAACUGGAAGAACUUUCAGAAGCCGUGCAGCGCCCGCAACUCGCUGGACGAGAGCACCCUUGGUUUCGGCUACCCCAAGUUCAUCUCGCACGAGGAGAUCAAGAAGAGAAACUACGUCCGCGACAACUGCGUCUUUGUCAAGGCUUCAAUCGAGAUUCCCCAGAAGAUCAUGGCUUGA